GGUUUUUGGCGCUCAUAUCCACAACGCAGUUGUACUGUCGUAUAUGAUAAUGUUUCUAUUGGACAUUCCCAACGAAGUCUUUAUACCACGUGAAUCAACGUAGUUCCCUGUGGACUGUACAAAAUCUGAAGGUAUGCCAUUCGCAUAUUCUAGAUAUAUACAUACGGAUACAGACAGCUACUCUAAUAACACCCACUGCAACAAGCAUAAUUAUGUUACUUCGGCACUCGGGAGAAUGUAAACACGCCAUUGUCCCCGAAAUCGCGCAUCAAGCGCAUGUGUUAUAUUCCAGUAUACUAUACCUUGGCUUGAAUAGAUCUUUAAACGCACUGUGUAUUUGUUUGGUAUUUGUUGAAAUAACCUUAGGCUUAGACCAUGAAAUAUAAUCCUCGUAUACAAUAAUAAUCUUGGCAAGCAAAUCGGACCUAUCGUUGCGUUUGUGCGCGAUGCGUUUUAAACGUGUUUAACGAUGAAAAGCAAGUAUAAACAGUGUUAUUUUACUAACAUGAUGUUGUGACAGGCUUGGGACGGUCCGAAGCAAAAAAAGGUCGAAGUGUGUUAAUGAUUUUUUAACGCGUUUGUGAUUGUGCAAGCAAAGAUAGGAUGUAUAAGCUCAUCAGAUGAAUUGAAGUACACGAGCCCUAAUUAUUGAACUGCGUCGUUCUUAUCCCCGACACUGUCAUUGAUGCAUUGAACUUUCCAAGCCAGGACAAAGACUUUAGUAAAGAACGAGGCAGUUCACUAUAUAGCGCUAAUUUACUACGCUUAACCGUUCUCCGAGUAUAAGAAUUUCAGGCUACAAAAAUAACCAGGACAUCAGCCUUUUCUUUACCAAUGAUAUACCGGUAUUGACGUACGCAUGUUCCAUCUAGAACGUGGGUGGGGAAGAGGCGGUUUUGACCAAACCACGGGAAUCCACCAUUGCGGGUAACAAUCUAUUUGUUUACGCACUUUUAUCAGGGACAGAGGUCAGUUAAUUGUACGAAGGCCGCGGAUCACGCUAUAUCCAUCGGAUAGUGAUUUCUUCAACCGUCCCUAAAAAUGCUAGACAAGUGAUAAAAAUACAGAUAUGGAUCCCAUAAUUAAUAAAAGGCAACUUGAAGUUUAAUAUACUAAAGUUUAAUUGGGUUAUACCAGUGAACGACCAACUUUUAAAGCUUGAAAAAUCAUUACCGGUGUGGAUAACGCCAUCCGGCGUUCGUACAACCGGACCUGACAUCUAACUCUUGUCUAAACGCGUGUAUGGGUUAUUUUUUGUGAAAAUAAUGAAAUGUUUCGCAUCCACGGAGCGCUUAUUUUUUAGACCUUAUACAUGCAUAUACAACCGAUUUAACUACUUACUACUAAAACUGUACAUAUAAUUUCUGAAUCAGCUAAAACUUUACCACUCCACCAUUUUGAAGACCUGCAUGUUUUGUAACAAUUGUAAAUAUUUACUAAAUUGUAAGUGCAUUAAUUAAUUUUGUUUUCAUAUGUAAAUAAUAGUAAUUUCACCUUUUAUGUUUGUAAAUAUUGUAAUAUUGCGAGGACCAUGGGCAUUCAUAUGCAUGGCAAUUACUAUAAUACGUUUCCUACUAUUACUGUAGUACUAUACAAAAACGUUGUCGGUAUAAAUGUGACUCUACUCUCUAGUACAGUAGUAGUAUUAUUUUCACUGCUGCAAAUCAUGAACGAAUAACAUAGUCAUAGGAAAUUUAUACGAAAUAUAUGGAAUAUACUGUAAUCAAAUGUCAUGAAGUAGAAUAACAACAUAUAUAGUCAUAGGAAACUUAUACGCAGGCAUUAAAAUAGCGUGUCCUUGUACACACUUUGUGUCCUUGUAAAAGGCGAAUGUGCCCUUGUAAAUUGAAAAGUGUGUACUUGAAAAUAUAUUAAACUGAAAAUAUAUUAAUGUAAUCCACGCAAAAUGGCCAAAGAUUUUGCAAAUUCUGUUCUCAGUCUCAGAACUCUGGAAAUGCCAUUUCAGAGACCCGCUUAAAAGCUUGCGUCUUCGACGCUAAACUUGUGGUUUCGCCACUCGUUCAGUCGUUCUCGUGAGUCUGCGCAUUUAUACCAAAAAUACGCCUCUGAAGGCAAAGUGUGUCCUUGUAAAAAUUCAGUAUUUUAAUGCCUGCUUAUACGAAAUAUAUGGAAUAUACUGUAAUCAAAUGAUCAUGAAGUAGAAUAACAUAGUCAUAGAAAACUUAUACGAAAUAUACUGAAUAUACUGUAAUCAAAUGAUCAUGAAGUAGCUUAGUCUAAGAAACUAAGUGGACAACUAAUGAUUAUUAUCAAUAAUGAUAUUUUGAUUAUAACUUGAGGACCUUGAGACAUGCUGUGACCCACACAAAACCUUGUAGGAUUUGUGGUCACGUAUACAUCCACAGUUUUUAGACAUGAUUCGUACUUCAUUAUCAUUUGUCUUCGGUUUCUAUGUUCAGAAGUUGAAAUUUUGAAUUUGUUGCAAAUUGCAAAUUAAACUAACUUUGUUUAUGCUGCCUACCGGAUAGUUGUAUUAGCAUCUGGCCUAAAUUGUUCUUGCCGGAAGUCCAGAAAGUGCUAUCAUGAUGAAACCAGAGAAGAUUUAUGGUGUUUGGCAGUGUCUAUUAAACUGGAAAUACUUGUCUCGCAUGCAGCUGAAAUUUUUAUCAGAACUGGUAAACAACACUAAUCAUGCGGUCAUGAAUAUAUGAAAGACAAGCUUGCACGAACAACCAUGCCGCCAGCACCCCACCGGAGGACAUUGUGUACAAUAGAUUUAUUUGCUUGUGGUGAUGGAUGACAUUGUCUCCAAUUGAGUCCAAUGUUUCACGUGUACUGCAUGCACGUUUAGAAGACUUUAACCCAGUUGUGCACAUGUAUGCCAAGUUUGUAUCCACAAAAUUACCGGUUUAUAACUGCAUUCAAAACAUUGGCAAAAUGGACUCUCAUGCCGAGGCUACCGUGCGUUGCCAAACGAUAAUCACAAGAGGUGCGAGACGGCCCCCUAUCAGUGUCAGUAAAUCAGGCAGAUUCUACUUAAAAAGUCGGGCAAUUUGCUAGGCCUGUUCGCCUCCGUAUAAUGUAUUGUAUCAUCAUAUCAAUGUUGAGAUGUAAAUAUUCAUGUUUGGUCAAAUUUGUUUCAUUAACUUCAACAUGCAUGCAGAAGAGUGAGGAGAUUCCGAUGUAUCUCAGAGAAUGAAAUCCAAGAAAUACUCGUAAAUACUUCUAGAUUUUUUAUUUAUCGUUUUAAGAUUGAAUUUAUUUCUGCGCGUCUGUAUACUACUAAAUAGAGAUGUAUGUGUUCCUUUUACUCACCUUCCAUUCCGUCGUUUAUCAUAAAACCCAUGAUAGUGUUGGGCAAUUUCCUUCAAGAUCAGGCAAUUUUUUCACGCCCGUACGCCUAUGACGAUAUGACUAUAUAUUUGUUUUCAAUAAUCCAAAUCCAAUGCUUCCGGAUGGGAAAAUGCGCUUUCUUAGCUCCAUAUGACACACUGUGCAUCGUUAAACAUUCUCAAGCUGGACAUUUCAAUUUCAUGGAAAUUUUUACAAUCGGUAUAUGUGAGGUUUUUCUAUCAAGACGAUAGUACAAGACGCACUAACAAUUUGUUAUUUCUAAACAAAUGUUUGUUUUUGCGAUGUAUAUUGUAAAAAAAGUGUCCAAUUUCAAUGGCAAUAUGACAUCGGACGAGAAAACGUUGAUAUCAAGUGUAGGAGCGCGCAAAUAUGGCACGUACCUACCUGUUCUAGUUCUUGAGUGAUUUUAAAUUGCCAUGAAAAUGUUUUGAUAGUCUUGUAAGUUCUACGUAAAAUCCUUAUAACCUGAUUUACGCUAAGCACCUGGCUUAAAGGUAUAGCUCGACGACGAACGUCUGCGCGUCAUGGGCGGCAUUAAUCCUACCGAAUACCACUGAUCGUUUUGAGCUUACAAUCAUAGAGAGGGAUUACUGUCUGUCUGAUUGCAAAUAGCUUCUUUUUCUUGAAAAAGGCCCGUCGUUCUAUUUUAAUCAUGCUUGCCUCAAGGGUUUUAAAUUUUAUACUUUAAAUUCUUGUAAUGAUAACAAAAUUGUAGUUACGAAAAAGCUAUUAUAUAGAAUUUCCAUCACAUUAGGUACGAGCAUAACAAUAUUAUAAGUACAAUUUCUAUCGAACUCUGACAGAAAACUGUGGAAUUUGAACAUGUGUCAAAUUUAAACUUGUGUCAAAUUUUCAAUUUUCACAGGAACAAGCUUUCAAUUGUUAACUUGUUAGCGAAGAAUCUCAGUUGUAAUUAAUUAAAUUUCCUACGGUGUCCUGUCGUUUCAUAGUACUAAUUGUUUACUCUUACGAAAUAAAGUCAUCAUCAUAACGUAGAUAUUAACUGACCACACACAGGCAGAGUAAAGAUAAUUUAUCAACAACAUAUUUUUCAAUUCAGUGCUUGACAGCUUCGCGACACAGUAGUCGUGUCGAGUAUAUCAAGGUGUGAUUCAUUGUCGAUACAUCUUUAGUGACUUUACCAUUGGAAAUGAGUGAUUUGCAAUUUUGCAUAGAACACGCAAAGCGCAAGAAAGAUACAGUUCACAUGCCAGUACACGAGGUUCUCCGUCAUUGAUACCAGCGAUAAAUUGUUGCAAACAAAAGAAACUACAAUCCUGGCAAAAUUUAUUAUGUACGUAUAGAACGGAAAUACCUGUCUUGUCCAAUCAUAUCCUUGCAAAACAGUAAUUUUCAACGUGCAUCCCCCUCCCCCCGUUCAAUGUGGAAAGCUUGUGGAACCACAAAAGAAAUCAUGAAGAAAACACAAAAGAAAUCAUGAGCGUGAAGGCAUUUGUUUAUCUGAGUACUAAAUCAUGCUGAUUUUGCAUUUAUAAUUUCAAUUUCUCAAAUAUCAUUCAUUUAUUAAAUUGUUGAAGAAUACGAAUUUUCUCAUCAAGACGUUUCGCGUCCGUGUUGUAUUGGAUAUACAACACAUGCCGCUCGUGGUGUAAAUUAUAUAGUAAAUUGGUGAAAGCUUUGCCGACAUACAAUGACACAACCAACAUUGGUACAAAGAUACCAAUAUGUGUACAUGAAUAUGGUAGCAAUACUUAUAGUUCGCAGCUAUGUGUCCACGAAAUUUUCUCCAUCGGAUUCAGUAUAGAGCGGAAUGUGAUCCAUAUUCUGUCAUAGUUAUAUAUGACGAAUGCACCUUACAAAGUCAACAUCUUUUAACCCCAUAUAACUAGAUGUGUUUCACCACAGCGAUGUGCUCAUAAGGUCUCCAUAUGGCUUCAAGCCAUCGCCGCCCACAUAUAAUACGCACCAUUAAGUUGCAAUUUUGGCCGGUAUAUUAUUCUAGAUCUUGAAUAAUAUUGACCUAUGACUUAAUAUGUCAGAAAUUGAAAGUUUGUAGUAUUAAAGACUAGUUUGGUUCUUAUUAGCCAGCUUUUAUCAGCGGAAGAAAUUGGACGAAAAGCCAGGUAAUCUAAAUUUCAUAUAGAUGCCGUGAAAUACACGUUUUCUUCAUAAAACGAUUAAAAUAGUGAGUUAAUGAUUUAGCUAAUUAUUUCACAUAGAUAUGACAUAGGGAAAGCGUUCGACCAAGACAGCUCUAUUUAAGGAUUGUUAAAUGGAAUUUAUAUUUAUAAACCAAAUCUAUAAUAUUUGUGAUAUUUAGUCAUCAAUCUUAAGUUAAGUGUGAGUGUGAAUUCUUAGACACUUUUCUCUUUUUUAAGAAUUAAGUGCCUUACAUUUUUGCUAGGUCAUCAUAUCAUAAUUAUCAAAUUAAGUUUGUAGUAGUUUGAGUGUUUACCAUUUUGUGGUCGUAUUGAGCAUUUUAUUUGCAUGCCAUCGCUUCGAUCCAACAAGAGUAAAAGUAUAAGAUGGUCACGCUAUAUCUCACAUAUGAGUUUGGGUCUUUUUGGAUGUCAGUGUAUGGUCUAUUAGCAGAGUAUUCUCAAAUUUUACAACGUAUCAAUUCAAACAUUUGGUGGUGAAAUCUGUGCAAGGCCAAGGAAUACGAAGUAAUAGUAGUUUAGAGUUGAAUUUUUGCUGAAAGUUUGAAAAAAGUUUCAUGGUACGUCAAGGUAAAUAACGCAGCCCAAUGGAUUGAAAGUGGGCGAAAUUAAUUUGCCAGUGUUUAAGACAUUUUUAUAACGGUAGAAAGUGUUAGUAUUUCCACUAAGAUUUACUGAAAAUUGAAAGGAAAUGUAAUAAAGAAUACACCAAGUGACACGCCUUUAUAUUUCUCUAUGCUGAUGCAUAUAAUAUAUAUAUAUAUAUAUAUAUAUAUAUAUAUAUAUAUAUAUAUAUAUAUAUAUAUAUAUAUAUAUAUAUAUAUAUAUAUAAUAUAUAAUAUAUAAUAUAUAAUAUAUAAUAUAUAUAUAUAUAUAUAUAUAAUAUAUAUAUAUAUAUAUAUAUAUAUAUAUAUAUAUAUAUAUAUAUAUAUAUAUAUAUAUAUAUAUAUAUAUCCUUCUGUAAAUAGGAACACGUUUUCGACAUGAUUUUAACUAAUGAUGAAGGUCGUAAAUGACAGGGGACCUUGUUACCGGACUCCACUAAUUUAUCAAAUCAGAUCCCCAACAGCAAAAUUGCUGUUGCAAUUAAAUUGCAUUUAAUUUCUCACAAAUUCCAUUUGCAACAGUCGAAAUCAAAGUUGCAACAGUUGAUUACCAGUUUACAUACACGUUGCCAUAGGGCGGGGAGUGUAGGGAGUUGUUCGUGAAUAUAAUUUCAGGUAAAUAUCUAUGGGUAAUUUAAACUGAUUUUCAGGCAAAUUAUAACAGCAUUGACUGGCAACGUGGACGUUACAAGGGAAAGCAAGGAAAGAAUGCCAAAUUUUAGUUGCAUUUUAGGGCUUUCUGGGGGUCUAAAUCUUCAAAAUAUUCUCCUAUUGUUCUAAUAUAUUCUUUCAAAAAAACACCUACUACUUGAAUGUACUCAUGCCACACUAAAUUUCAGAAAUUGCUUUCAGGUAUAACGUAAAAAGUAAUUUAAAAAAAUCGGGUAAUUUGGACCCUUAUACCCACCUACGACAUACCUGUGCUCAAUACUUGUUUCUCAUGGAUAAUCUUCGCUUGUAGCACAAGACAUCACUCAAAAUUGAUUUGAUAGUCCGAUUCAAUACUAGAACUAUUCGGAUCUGAUGUCUGGCCUGUAUUAAUUAGCACAGAAUGCACAAGUACGUACUGUGGAUUGUGUCUUCUUUAUGAAAUUAAAAUUAAUAUUGUACAUAAUCCCUUAUUGACAUGGGAAAAUUAUUGUACAUUUGUAAACAUCCUGUGCGGCUGGACGCAAAACUUAAUUAGAAAUUUUAUCAUGACCAUAAUGACUGAUUACAAUCUACUGAUAAAUCUAACGCCGACAAUUUCUCAUGUCAAAAUCUCAUAUUAAGUCUGAGAAUCCAUCUUGUUUAUACAUAUGUCCAAAUCUGUGAUUGCCUAAAGCUCUUGACAGGAACUUAAUAUCCCUGGGAAAAUAUACCAUUCGAUAAAAUAAUUUGCCCAUAAGACGUUGAUUAUUGGCUGGUACAUUAGAUAACAUGGGCAGAAAAGUUUUUGGGCGUUUUUUAUUAAUCUCCUAUCAAUUCAUUUUAUAUAGAAAUAUUACAUUAAAUACAUUACAUUUGUCUGUUCUAGUCAGAUUAUAUUGAUAAUAAUUAUACUACAUUGAUUGUCUGUGUAUAGGUUAGGGAAACGUUUUUCUUAAUCUUAUGCAGCAUCCAAAAUAAUUUGACCCGCAGGGAAAGUUAUAUUAUACCCAUUGACAUUUUUAUCAUUGCAUGCAUUUAAUAGCUUGCGUUACAGAAUUUGGUAUCCAUGGUAUUUCUAACCCUUUGUCGUUCGUGCAUGCCUCUGUAUAAUAUCGAGUGCGUUUUAUUGGCUUAAUUAAGAUCCUUCUUUUACUAGCAAGAGGAAGCAUACUGCCACUUCACGAUCAUAUUUUUAUUUUCAUAUUGUAUUAUAUUAUAUUGUACGUAUGGUUUAUUGAUGAGAAAAGUCGGUUAUUGACAAUUCAUUGGAUCGAUACAUGUUGUUGAUGGACAUAGUCGAUGUCAAAAUUCAGCCAACUUUAUAAUUUCAAUCUAUACAAGCACAGUUUUGGAUAUAGGGUUGACACUAUCAACAUAUGUGUUUUCCAUGAAUGUGGCACGCUAUAUAUAACUCCCACAGAAAUAUAUCUAGGAAUUAUUCAUGUGAUAGUGUUUCAAAUCUAUAUGUCACAGCUAGCGUGAAAACAUUAGGACGUAAUUAUAUAAACACGAAAGUGGCCAGAUUCAGCGAAUUCGUAUAACUGUUAUUAAAAUUCCUGACAGCAACGCAGCCAAAUUUUAAACUUCACAUUUUCUCAACAAAAACCACGUGUGGUGGACUGAUGGUUUUACUGUGAGAAUAUUUAGAUUCUAAUUACGUGAGUAUACAAGAUACAUAAUAAAUUUUCUGGUCACGCCAUAUUUUGUUGUCGCAACUCCAGGACACAUCAGAAAAUAUGGCGUGACGUACUAGCGUGCAAAUGAAGAUUAAGACUCCUGUCCUCAUAGCCAAAAGUAUUAAAAGCUCUGCUCUAUAUUAACUACCCAGGUAGUUGGGUAGGCAACUAUUAAAUACUCGAUUUCCGACUCCCACUCGAACGACCUAAUAUUUGACAAAUGGCUGGUAUGAUAUUCAUAUAUAUAUAUAUAUAUACUACGCUUUCAUUAAAUCCGAAGAAAAACGCAUAUUAUUCGACAAAAGUUCGAAACUGUGCGUUAUUCGAACACAAUGUAACGAAGUAUUAAACGUUCGCCGUUCGUUGAACCGUCAAAACAAAUGCACGACACCGGGGGAUUCCUUGGUGUACAUAGAAACGUGAUUGGUAAGCUUAAGUGUUGUCAACAUGUGUUUACUGUGUUGCGCACAUUGGCGCGACUGUGUUGACGAGUUAAACCACGAUACCCCUCGAAGAAACCAUGUUAUUCUUAAUUCGUAAUAUUAGAUACGAGCAGUAUUUCUGACGAGUUGCUGCCCAAACACGUUUCGAAAAUUUAAUUGGUUUUCUAAGUGUUCGAUGUGUUCGAUGGACCAAUCAGAAGGCCACCUCUUGCAUUCCUCGCAUGCCAUUAACCUGUGAACUGUUAAUUCCUGUUUGACUGAUAGUGUGAUAUAGUUCUGUAUCAUGCAUAUGGUGUAUUGAUCUAUCUUAAUUUCUACCCAAUGUUAGGCUUAUGGAGUUGCGAAGAUGGAUUCAAGUCCUCUGUAUACUACCAGCGCUACAGGUAUGUCAACUGACACUGUUUGUAGACUAUCGAUGACAUUUCAUCGGUGGGCAUUGGCACGACUUAGUCAAAUUUUGUUAAAAUAACAUUCGGUGAAAAGGUGAACAACUCAUCGAGAGGCUACUGCACUCAAUAUCAAGGAAAUCCUGUGCUUUAUGGCAUUUAAUGGCAAGUACUUGACGAGGGCGGCAUCUCAAUUUCUUCAAAGACUUGUUUAUAAUCGCGUUGUCGCAAAGUUAAUUUCUGAAUCGCAGGUUAAAUACUUUCCUUUAAAUGACCUCAUUUUUGUACUUGAAAGGAAAAAUGGGAAUUGGUGUGAUUUUAUGACGACCGUAGCUCGCGUAAGGUGCGCGGGAGUAUGUGUGAUAACAUGCUAAGGGUUUGUUAUUAGUAUAUAUAUAAAUUGUGCAGACAACUUGCCAGCCUGUGACCUCUCCGACCUUGUGCAGUAAGAAAUAACACAUUCGGGUACAUAUUAUUAUGAAGAGCUUAGCAUCUUAUAACGAUCAUUGCUUUGAUGUGUAAUAACUGACAGCGAGUUAGCCACAUGUAUAUUGUUGUGAUACCACACCUCCGCGAUUUAAUACCGUGUGUCCCUUGAAUAACCAUGGCUGGCUAAACUCUUGCCUGUAAAUGCAGUACGCAUGUAUGAGUGUAAUUACCAGAUAUUCUAUAAUCGUAGUUUAUUACAGUACAUCCGUUGUGGGUUAAAGACUAAAGUGUUUGGAAAAUAUCUCAAAAUGUUGUUGUUUCUGUCGAAUUUGAUCUCGCAGCUCGAACCCCAAUGGAAAAAUAUUUUUCAAUUUGAUGUGGAAAGUAUUACAAUGAAAAGAGAAGAUAGUGUUGUGUUUAUUUGUUUAAGGAUUUCCCACCAACCGCGCUAAAUCUUUGUGGAUUGUUUCGCGAUUGUUGGACAUCCAAAUGUUUCCGAUUCGUUUUCUUUGACAACACUUCACGAAAAACAAGUGGUCAUUUCAAUGUUUUCAUGCGAGCUAUAAAAUCAUUGAAAUCCUCGAGUUAUUAAUCAUGACAAAGUGUAAUGCAUCAAUCGAGGUAAUCGGUCAGUACAUGUUUCACACUAAUUGAAUGAUUUGAAUACAAAAUCUCCUGCCCUUAAUCCUUCUUCUUUCAAUCUCAAAUAUACCGCAUGAUUUAGAUUCAAUAAUUCACAAACAGUAGUGAAUGUUUGCUUUCAUUCUUCACGGGCUUUACGUUGUCUACGAAUCUAUAGUUUAGUUGUCCAAGAGUACACUGUUGAGUACAUUACCUUCGCAUAAAAUCCAGGAAUUGUGGAUCGCAUAUUAUUUAGCGGCGUUUGUCCAGUUACGCGAACUUCGAGGUUACGCAAACUUUAAGAAGUAAAUUAAUUAAUCCUAUGUAAAUAGAAGCGAAGCAUCGACCGAAGCACAUGCAGUAUAGCGUAAAAACUAUAGCCAAAGAGAUACAAAGCCUAAUUUUUUAUCAUUUUUGUAAGUUUUUUAUCAAGUAUUUCGACAGUUUGUCUCAUCAAAUCAAUAUACCCUAUAAAACUAAAUUUUGCUCUCUAAGUUGAGAGAUCACCACGGUCCACGAUUAAGUGUUUGAAACUCUAUAGUUACUCGUAGGCUUGCCCACAGGUUGAACGCAAGGACCUCAGCAACUCAUUUUAUCUCAUAAUUUUUCAGUUGCAAGUUGCAUAAAAACCACGUAGUGUAUACUGUAUGUGAGCGGAGUUUGAAACGACGAUCCUCUAAUUCUAUUGUUGCAUUAAGAAAGGCUAAGAGAAUUAUUACACACGAAAUGUGCUGCAGAUCUGUCAAUUGAGAAACAGAUUUUUCUGUGCAAGAUAACGGCGCAGCCCACUUUGAAAACUAUAAGAUAAUAGUGUUAUCAGCAUCACGACUUUUACAGGUCAAAACGUGUUAAGCCCCUUCCAGCAAAUACUUCGCUAAUUAUAGGGCUUAAAGUUUUGUAUUGUGAAGAACACACUACAUCUUCCUUCCGUUGUCGCAUGCAUGUUCUUUAAAAGCGUUUUCUAGAUCGUCGUCUUAUCGAAAAAAUUGUUAUAUGUCGCAGAAAGCAUAUCAUCUGAUAAAGUACAAGCAAAUUUUGGGUAAAUCCUGUGUUGACAUUGACUGUCGAGUGCUCUUGUUUGAACAUAGUUUCUCUGAACGCAUCGUUGCUCACUUUGUAGUCGCGCACAAUCACUCUUACGGGUGCAUAAUGGAUGUUUUCCUAUCGAUUUUGUUGCCUUUGUCUCUUGCUGUGAGUCAUUUGCAUGUGUUGCAAAAUUUAGAACGUUUGCUUGAAAUGACUGUUCAAACUGUCGGCUACGAUGGUGAUAUUGUAUCUGCACGUAGCUCAUAGGUUCUUUUAGCAUGCUCAGCAAAUUUCCUCGAUAAAACAUCGCUAGGUUUUCUGCAAGUAGAGCGAAACGUUACCGCAAACUGCCAAACAGUUUUACGGUAAUGGGGGAAGCUAAGGUGUAAAUGGCGUUGUCGGUUUAGACCCGUUCGGUCUAAAAAUAGCUCAAAGAUAUUAUAAUACUUGAGUAUCCGUUAAAAUGUGAAAUGUUUAUAAACAUGCGGUUUUUCAAGUCGAUUUCCUAAGUAGAAAGUUAUUUAAGAAAUGUUAUUAACGUCAUCAUGAAAAUCGCGUUCGCAAAAGUUCACAACAUUUUUCAUAUUAUCGUGUGGUUAGCUAUGUACAAGAAUGAGCUAUAGAUUCAAUAUAAAGAAGACACCGAAAUACUAAAAGCCAAAUUGGGUUAUAAAAUUGUAUUUAUGCCACGAGAUUAAGGUUAAGUAAUAUCGUGAUAAAAUGAUCACAUCGACAAAAACGCAGUUUGCUCUCACAAAGUCAUUUAGCACUUCUUCAAUAUAUCAUAUGCAGGAUCUAUAUAUGCAUCAACUCUUCAGGCUCUUGUAUUGAAACAAAUUCUACUCUUUUGCCUCGGCCAAGAGUCAGAAUUAAUAUGUAUAUAACAAAUUAUUAUACAAUAAAAAGCUCCAGUCAAACGAGAAUAUGGUUGAUGGGAAUUGGCAGUCGGGAAUUGUUACAGAAUUUGAGGCGGGCAUCUUAAUGCAUUUUUUAUUAAUAUAUAUUAAGCCCGGAUCGGCGUCGGCAAAUGAGCUAUGAUGACCUUGCACGUUGGUUAGCUGUCCUUAUACAUCCUUAAUAUGCUUUCCCAACAUUAUUGAUAUAUUUUAUUUAAGUUAAAAAGUGGUUGGAACAUUUCUUAAAUCUUUAUUUUGUUAAUCUAGGGCUUGAAAUGUCCCCAGAAUUAACAUUACAGGCAUAUAUCUUAACUAUAUACACACUCAAGGAUGGAAUGAAAAAAGGAAUGGUAGCAAUUCUGUUUGAGUUCUAGCUAAUAUGAUAUUUCUCCUAAUAUUAGUGUGGUAUAAAAAAUCAUGCACGCAUGAAGAUGCCUCAAAUUCACAACCUUUAUAUAGGCAAAAAUAUUAUCAAAACACUCAAGGCAAAGUUUCAACUAAUAUAUAUACAGGGUGUAUCAAAAAAAGCGCAAUCCUCGACUGAAAUGUAAAUUGCUAAACAAAUAAUAGACGAAAACGUUAAAGUUUACAUUCAUUUUAAAGCGUAGCCAUUCAGCUUUCUAACAGUGGGUUGUUUCUUAAAUUUGACUCAUUGGUUCGCGGAAAAUAAUACUUUACGUUAUUGCGAUUGGAGAUUAAAAAAAUUGAGAUGGAAUAACAAAUCGUUCUCAUGAAAAUAACUGAUUUUUUCAUUAAAACAAAAAAAUAUUGCAUUUUAUUAAAUGGAUUGUAACAAUAAGUAUAAUUACGGCUUUUCUUCCACUAUUUUUAACUCAGUUUGAAACUUCAAAUGCGAUAUAAUUUUGGCUUGGACCAUCUAAGUUGACUGACAUCAACUUGCUAUAAUUUCUGUUUACAUUACAUCGCAAUUCGAUGACACUCUGGCUCAGACACCAGAAUGUUUUGACGAUUUUUAGCAUUCGUUUAGGAUUUUCAAACAACUUGGUCUCUUUUAAAAUCCCUUUAAUUUGUUCUUACGUGGUUUUCCAGAUGUAGUGACGACAACAUUAAAGUUUAAAGAAGAAAAUUCUAACAUUUAAACCGACUAAACAAUAACAUAGUAAACUUGCAUAAUUAAACAGCAACUAAAAAUUAUAGGUUUUACUAAAUCUUUUCCUGUGCAAUUAUUACUAGCAUUAGAGACAAGGAUAAUAGUUUAUUUGAAAGAGAAAAGAACAGGCUUUGAAGUAAGCCUAAAAGCGUUUAACUAGAAAUAGUAUUUCGAAAGUUAUUAAGCACAAAAGAUUAAUUGCGUUUAUUUUGAUACACCCUGUAUUCUCUCUGGACUCUGCAUGAGUUUUCGCAUGUCUGUUUAUGUAUAUAGAAGAUCUUUGGAUUUGCUCUGUUUUAUAUUUCUUUAAGUGGAUGCCUUGCCGAGACAAAGAGGUUUACUUUGGGCUAACAACUUUGUCAGUUGAUCUAGAAAUAACCUCUCUGGGUUAUGUAACGGUUUUGUUUUUUUGUCUAGAAUAUUGACUAUGAUCUGUAUCUUUUCUAUGGAUCUUAUUAUACAUGUUCUUUUCAAUGUAAAUUUCUAAGUCGGUGCAUGGGUUGAAUAUCUGAAGUUAUCAUUGUUUUAUAAAGAUAAGGUCUAAGCUUUGGUUUUUCUUUAUUGAUAUCUGCGGUAUGGGUAUAGUAUCAUAAGAAAUAUAUAAACAUAAUGACAUUAUUUGAGAGAUUGUAAAAUGAAUGGUUAGGGCGGUUGGAGGCAAAGCCAGAGAUUUAUUAGCAGUGUAAAUAUAUAUAGGAGUGGUUAAAUAGCCCGAGUAUAAUGUAUUGUAUAUAGAAGUUAUUGCAGUUAUAAAAUUUUGAAUGUUGGGUCGAAUGUGGGUAGCGUUGAAUAAUAUAUUAUACUGCACGAAGAGCCGUUCACACUUAGGUUAGCUCACAUUUUUAAUUUUUUAUCGAUCCGAAAUGAUAGCGAUCUCAAACAUCCGUGUCCAGUUCCUUGGAUAAAAAGUCCACACUUGCACAAAAUCGCGAAUGAAUUAACUGUACUCUGGGGGGAAUGCCAGGCCACUAAGCACUAAGAAAUCUGAGCUCGGUUGUAGAAGUGAACCGAUCCAAGACAAAUCGGUCUCAGCCGGGUUUUUUGUUCAAAAUAUAAUAGAGUCAAUGGACUGCAUUUUAUAAUAGUUAUAGAUACAGGAGUUUAAACAAGUACUUUUUUACUGCAGUUAUAGUAAAAACUCAAUCUGCAAUUGAGCCUGAAACUCAGUCUCUCUGCACAAUUAUAUUUUUUACAAUAUAUUUGAAGACAUUUUGGCAAAUGUGAAUUAAUUAAUUGUAAAAGAAAAAUUCUCGCUGUAUAUUCUUUUCCAUCCCUAAAAGAUGUCAUGAUGAUUACAGUCAACGUCCAGAGCGAGGUCAAGCGAAAAUAUACGUUGUAUUAUAAAUCCCUGAGUGCGGUCUUAACUGUUCAUUUUAUUAAGAGGUAAGGGGUGAAAAUAUUUGAACAUUAUACAGUAUAUAAGAGUUUCAACAUCAGGAGAGCGCUAGAGGGAAGAGUUUCAAUAACUAUAAUAUUUUUGUCAGUAGGUUUAUUUACCACCUAGUUAAGUAUUUUUACUCCACGUCCAACAACGCAUGAAAUAUCAUGAUCAACAAGUCAAACUCAGCAACUAUAUAUAUAUAAGCACGUCGUGCAGGGCUGUUAUACAAUUCUGACUGCAGUAUAUAAGUAUCAAAGGAUGAAUUAACAAUAUUUAUUACAUGCCUGUUUAGUUACCUGCUAGUAAAAUAUUCAACAAGUGUCAUAUUUCAAAGACAGUUUAAAGGUUUUUUGUAGGCAGGAUUCGAACCUGCAUUCCAGUGCAGCGCUCUAACCAACUGAGCUAGAGUCCAGCUAGUCGGUCGAGAUCUAAGCAAAAGCUUUUGUAAAUAUAUUGUGGGUGAUGCCAGUAUACAAGGUAUCGAACCUCAAUUUCGAAGUUCAUGCAUUUCAAAAUACAGGAUGGAAAUCUGACAAGAGAAAAGUUCUCUUAUCGUAGGGUAGUCUUUUACGAAAGAGAUUUGCGUUUGGUAAUCAGAUGCAAAAUAAAGUUCUAUAUAAUGAUCUACCAAAAUGCACAUGCCAAGCUUCGUUCUCUAAUUAUAGAUGCGAAACUUUAGAGAGGGUGCAUUCUCCACUCGUACGUUCACUUCCAAUCGAGGGCCGAAUGAUGGAUGGCCUUGGACGACACGUAACAACCAGUGUUUAUUCUACAAACAUUGCUUGGCAACUUCCUAACGCAAUUCCCUUCAUUAGCUACGGCGGGUCGCCAGACUAACUGACUCUCAAUUAAUUAUAGCCAUAAACUUUUCAAAAGACUUCACUGACACUCAUUCAUAUUGUGUCACAGGGAGUAGGAAAUACCAUCCCUAAGCCUGCCCACCUCAGCUUGGUGUUGUGGUUAUUUGCUACAAGCUUGAGCCUCUUUGGUAGUGAGUGUUACAUUAGAGUUCACAGACAUCUUAAACUGUUUAGUCAUUAUGAGUUAUCCCGUUAAUAUGUACUGCCAAUUUUAACUUCUCUGUGUAGACCCCGACCAUUACUACCACGGUGGUAUACUUCCAUCUUUAACUGUUUCUUCAUUCAUCCAGUACUCCGGCGUGCACAUAGCUAAACAGUGAGGAAGCAUUCACGAAGACUGAUAUACAUAGCCCCCAGUCAAUCAGUUCUGUGUAAAUAUAUGAGCUCACAGGUGGACCGCGCGUUGUACUGCUAGCUCCUGAAUUCACUUGAACACAAUAUGAACACUCUUGCAUGUCUGAUGGUCACCGGAAAUAUUUUUCUUUUGUGUUGGUGUAAUGUACUCAGAUGAAUAUGAUGCUUGUGAUGUUACUCUGAGUGUAUAUCCACACCGGGCAGGCUUGAAAAAUAUGCCUGGCCACGGUGGGAAUCGACCUUUGGAAUACUAGCCCAAUGAUCUGAAAUAUAUUCUUCAAUGUGGGAUCCCAGUGUAGCGAUGAACAGGAACCAUGCACGAAACGUUGAAUUUCUUGCUUUUUUCAGGUGGUUUAUGUCUUGUAAUCCCUCAACGUAACUUGAAAAUUUACUCGUUUUUUUAAACUAAUAUAUAUGUAUUCAAUUCUGAAGAUGGUGUUUUUCUUCGAAAUCUGUAUCUUUGUUUAUACUAUAUUUUUAUUUAGGACUUUAUGGAUUUCCGCGUUUACUCAAUGCCAUGUCCGGACACUCAUUAUCUGAUAGAUAAAAGAUGUUGUUUAAAAUGUCCUGCAGGAGAGAGUGUGGAACGACAUUGUAAAGUUGGACACAACACAACAUGCAAGCCUUGUAAAGAUGGGACUAAUUAUCAGGAGGCAGCAAAUGGCGAAACGAGUUGUCGAACUUGUAACCAGCAGUAUAAAUCUAACAGAAAAGUUUUAAAAGAUUGUACAAGAUUUCAUAACAAAAAAUACGGUGAUUGUAACCCUGGGUAUUAUCAUAAUAGGGCUUUUGACGUUUGUAAAAAGUGUACCACUUGUCCGGCAGGGUAUGGCGUGAACAAAAAAUGUGCAAAUUACUCGGAUACUGAAUGUGACAAGAAAAAGUGUGGUGUGGUAAGUCAGUAAUAUAUAAAUUAAAACGGGAAUAAUGUUUUGCUGUUGAGGACCGCAUCAAGUCCAUUUUCCCAUAGUAUAGGCCCUGUGGGCAUUCGUCUGGCCUAUCCCAAUGCCCAAGAAAACUUAACUUAUACGGAUUAUGGCUAACCUUUGCCGAGAGGAUUAUCACAUGCAAACUCUGGAUGCAGAAGCACCAGUUGUAUUUCGGUGGUAGGCCCGAGCGACAGGUCGCCGGCAAUACGACUCUGGAGCAAUUCAAGCGUUGCUCUUCUCAUCGCCAGAUCUAAUUCAUCAAUUAUUUUCAUCUAUGUUAUAUGUCAUUUAUUUCCAUGUAUUUUAUAUAUUUAUGUUAAUCCAUGAUUUACAUUGGGAGCGACAUAUUAAGUUCGACGUUUGAUUUGACAACCGCUGCAACGUCGCUCUAGUCAGGGGUGGCGCGCUAUAACAAACGUACUUGCAGGGAGGUGACCUCGGGUGGCUGGAAGUUUCCCGAACUCACCGAGCGAAGGGAGGUGGGUUCGGGAAACUUCCAGCCAUCCGAGGUGCGUCCUAAAGCGAACCCACCCCCCAGUCAUCAAGUAGUCGCAUCCCAGUCGUCAAAUUGUUUUCGUAGUCGGCAAGACAUGACUUUGGAUAGGAGGAAGAGAACAUUUUGGGGGACACUGAUUAAAAAUUAAGAAUGAUAGAUAAAAUGUGGAGAAAUUUACGAAAGAAUGGAACGAACAACGGUAGUUCAACACACAAUAAGAUGAAAUUGUUUUGAUAUUGUGUCUUGCCGUAAUGUGUGGGAAAAUAACUCGACAAAAUUCUCUUACACCCCCUCCCCCAUUCAAAGAGGUCUACCGCCAGCCUUGGCUCUAGUGUCGUAUUGACUAUGUGUCAUGCGGGUUCAGUGCAUGAAACGAGCGACGUUUGUCUCAAGCCGGCUGUAUGUCAGACUAUACUGGGGGCUUAGAAUUCGAUAUAUUUUUAUCUACAGGGAACAUACAGCGAUCAAGACAGUUACACACAAAGGUGCAUGCAAUGUACGGUAUGUAAAAACGGUGAAGAAAUGUUCAGCGAGUGUACGCCAUUCACAAACUAUGAAUGCAGACCAAAGACCACAGCUAAGAUCACAACUACUCCAACGACAGAAAUUACGACUUCAAGCACGCAGAUCGGUAAGCUGCAAAGAAUGUAAAGGCAGAAUAGAUUUCUUUCAUACAUUUCAAAACUGGCCCGAAAAUAUUUUAAAGGCAUUAAAGUUUUAGAUAUGAGAAUUAGUGAAAGUUUCGGAAACCAUAUGUCAUUAAUUCAAAGAAGAUAUGUAUGCAAUCUUAACUACCGCCCAUGUUAUCGUAGAUCUAGUUAUUCUAUAUAACCCAUCUUGUGAACAUUAUUGAGGUUUAGAUUUCAAUUCCACUAUCUAGCUUUUACUGACUACCGCCCGUCGAUUCUAAAAGCUUCACUCACACUCACGCUCAAUGAGUGGAAGUUCAAUCUGAGCUUCUCUUGAGUGUCAUUGCUGUUUCUUGAAUAGCUGGAGGGUUAGCGUCAUACCUUACUAUGUAACUACUAACCCUCCAGUUAUUCAAAAACAGCAUUGACACUCAAGAGAAGCUUUGAUUGGAACCUCCACGCAUUGAGUGUGAGAAAGCUUUUAGAAUACGGGCGUAUAAGUACGUAUGUGAUUGGUUAAUCGGGUAGAUUAAAUGCAUCUGAUUGGUUAAUGAUCCCUUAAUGGUAAUGCUAAUGAAAGUGAAAUCUAGACAAUCAGAUGAAAAUUCACGAGGUUUUUUUUUGCAAAGCGUUGACUCUUUUAACUUAUUUCUAUCCUCACUGCUUAACCUUCAGGGCGGACAGUUGGCAACAAAAGCCCAACAAGUGCUGGCCGAGAGGAACGUGAAAGCUGGGUUAUGCCAUUCUUUAUAGCAGCUAUGGCGCUCCUUCUCGUUCUAUUUAUAGCGUUUGUCAUUGGAGUUACAAUAUGGUGUCAUAUGCAGUCAAGAACCAGACAGCAAAAUGUCAUCAUCCAGGCUGAGGACCCGCAGAUUGUGCAGAGGUUGACGAAAUUUGUUGAUGAUCCCGAAUCCGUGUGCUGUAUGUAAAAUACAUUGUUUAAAACGCAAAACUGAUAAAUUAUAACGUUUCAGUAUAGGUUCUCAUUGCCGAACCGUUCUAUAUGUUGGCCCAUAUUUUGGUCUAUACUUAUAUACACGUCCCAGCCAUAGAUAUCUUAUAUACACUAGAUAGUGCAUCUAAUUAUUCUGUAGCCUGCGAACAGGCUCUUUGCCAAUUCAAAGAGAGUUCAAAGAGAGCCUGUUCGCAGGUUAAUUAUUCUGCAAUUCAAAAAUUGAAGCCGUGAUUGCAGACUCAGGAUAUUCCCAUGAAAUGAGAAGACUCGUUUGUCUUCUUUUUGUUAAACAGGGAACUUAAACAUUAAGUUAAACCUAUUCCUAAUACAUUUUCAAACUAUUCAAAUGAUGAAAGUUAUUGCUGUUUUUUAAGCGUUUAUUAGCGAGUGGGAAACUCCAAUAUGGCCGUAUCUAUUCAAAUGGGGUUAACCGCUGGAAUAUUCUUGGCUUCAAUUUUACUAAAAGAGAUGCGCUAUCUAGUGUAUAUAAGAUACCUAUGGUUCCAGCCCCACCACUGUGGAUUUAAUUUGAUUAUAUUCCUGUCGUAUUUAGUACCAGCAAACGAAGAACGUUGUUAUCCGUAUCACGAAGUUCCAAACAGAAAACCAGGAAGAAUACAAGAGAACGGUAUGAUGUUACGAGAUGUCUCUCACGACAUCAUUGAAGAACUUGCGAACUUUUUAAAUCCGACAAGUCCACCAAGUAACUGGCGUAAAGUUGCCAGUAUGUUGGACUUUCCUUGGAAUGUUAUAAACAACCUGGCUCUGUGCCCAACCAGUGCUACUCAGCAACUUCUAGAACGCUGGGGUACAAAGCGAGAUUCUACUGUAUAUAAGCUCUAUCUAAUAUUAAAGGACAUCGGUCGUGAUGACGCGGCAGAGGUAAUAGAGAGACUUCUUGUUCAGCCAGUACCAAGUUGUCCAAAGUCGAUUUAACGCAAUAGAAGAAGAGCUUGUGUGGAAAUGGUCGACCGAGAGAACGCAGCUUUUAGAACGUGCGUGUUAUCUCUCCAAGCGUGCACACCCAUACGUGCCGAUCCCGUGCGCGCUGCCAGUUGCGCAAAGCCACCAGUAUAGAACGUUAACACGUUUGUCUGUAUGGUAAUUUGCAUAUUUUGCGGCACGAUUUGGAUAUAACUGAAUGCGAUAUGUAGAUUUAUGAGAUGUAUGGUAGUUACAUCCAGAAGAAAUCAUAGUAUUGACAAGUUUAUAUAUAAAAUGCUACCACGAAAUUUCCCCUCAAGUGAAUACAGUAGAUAUUGUGUAUAUUCAAGAGUGAUUCUGAUCAUCAUGACGGGAAGUGUUUUAACUGAAUUUUAUAAAUGAAAGAGCGAUGGCAUAGUUUCAACUUCCAAAUUUAUAUAGAUUCUUUUUUCAUGUUGAUUCAAUGACCCUGGAAGAGCGCUUUCACAAGAGGCUGAUAUUAUAUAUAAAACAUUAGAACUAAGCAUUCCGAAUUUUUAACCAUAAAUGAAUUACUGAAGCAGAUAUGCCUCCAGAUUGAAGUAGUUUUUAAUGAACACAAUUUGACAGUAAUUUGUAAGACUCAAUCUUACUAUAUACGAUCUAUAGUUGAAGUUUGAAAUCUCUUGGAAGAGAACAAUAUAUACUGUAUUAUAUGCAAAAAUAGUAAUUUUAUGUAGAAAAAACCGGCCGUGCUAACGCAUGUCGUAAACGGUACUUCAAUUCAAAAUGGAAUGCUAGAACAAAUGAAAUGGGGGAAUAAAAAUUAAGCUGAUUCAAACACAUGAAAAACGCCAACUUGGCAAUAUUUUUACCAAACAUUUUAUUUUGAUUGUUGGGUAACUUAGAUUAACCCAAAGCCGGUGCUGUAUAGAACAUUGUACCGUUGAUGAGUGAAAGGUAUUAUCGAAGAAAUGAAUCAAUAUCAAUAAAGACAUAUAUUUAUCUAUUUAAAAUAAUAGCAAUUGCACAUUUCAUGUGAACCAUUGAAAUGGUGGAAGAUUUGUUGUGAUUAUGAAAAUUUAAGUCUGAUUCACGGGCCUUAAAGCAAAAGAGUAACUGCAUUAAAGAUAUGAAGUAGCCUGAAAUAAAGCCCUAGUUUGACCACGUUUAGAAAAGAUGGGAAAACCAAAGCAUGUUGUUUGAUUGUUUCCCCAACAAAAAUCACACUUGGGAAUCAAAUAUGAUUGUUUCCUAAUGAGUAAUGCAUGACCAUGCGUGUUGUUAUAUCCUCAUAUUUGGCACAUGAAUAUAUUUCUCUUUGAUCUUGACCCCAAUCACAGCCCUAUUCUGCACCAUAGUCAAUAGAAUGGAAGGUGAGAGAACUCGAUGCAAACAUAAUAGACCUCAUUAUCUAUGUUUUUGUUCAUCGUCACAUGCAGCGUGUAGUUUUUUCGCCCAACAACCAAGAGCAGUGUGUCGGUUUAAUUACCCAGUCGUGAUAUUACAUAAUGGUUCAAUGAAAAUAUAGCUGUUGGUUGCUUUAGCGAAAAUACAAUACACACGUGGCGAUGAACCGACCAUUUCUUGCAUUAAACCAAGACAAAACAUAGAUAACGAGGUUUAUUAUGUGGAUGAAAUUAUUUCGCUGACCUCAGAAUGACAUUUCGUCAAAACGUUUUUCUUCAAGAUUGGUUUAGAAACAAACUUGGAGUAGGGUUAGGUUAGGGUAAGGAUUAGAGUUUGGAAUAAGAUUAGGGUUAGUAAAACCUUUGCUUGGUUACGUUUUGUCACUCUGAGGCCAGCGAAAUAACCUCUUCCUUAUUAUAUCUGCAUCCAGUUUCCUAACCUUCUUGUUGACCGCUAUUUCUGCACGAAACACGAGGGCGCAAACUUUGAAACUUUCGAGGAAUAACGCUAUAACAUGGUAUGUUUUCAUAACAGGAUUUUUGACAUCUCGCUCGAUAGAACGAAGUGUUGAAGGGGUUUUGUAGAUGUAAAAUUCUAGUGUAAAUUUCCACCUACAACAACCCUUCAUCAUUAUGUUUUCGUAGCAAUAUUUUACGCAGUUGCACCAAAUUUUUACGCAGUUGCAACAAGUUAAGUUUGUUCACUUUGUCGAGAUAUUUCGAAGGUGGUGUUGAUUCUGCUUUACCUCGUGAAUCAGGCUUAAGUGAAAUGAGGAAUGUACUUCUUCAAUUUUACAUACUUACAAUUUUGGUAAUACUAAUUAGUAAUCAGAAUGUAAUUAGUAAUCAGAAUGAAUGUAACAAUUUAUGGAAGUAAUCAACUUCACUGAAUGAGGGCGAUUUAGGGCGCAAAUAAGUAGCCUAUGAAUAUUGUAAUAUUUUUCUAUUUAUGAGAAAAUGCUGACCAUAGAAAUUUUAGGCAAGUAAAAACUUGUAACAAGUAUUAACUGUACAGAUAUUAUGCAAAAGUUGUGAACAUUCAAACGUGUGUUAUUUUGUCUUAAUUUUGCACUAUACUGGAUUGGGUGAAGGAUAAGAUGUCAGAGAAUCCAAUUAAAUUAUGUAAUGAAUUCAUUUUUUUAUAAAAUUGAUACAGAUAAUUUUCAUUAUUUUCUUAUAGAUAUAUCUGAAUCCCACAGAACAUAUCACUUUUCAUAGUUCAUACAAAUUUCCCUAUCUGAUUGCUAAUCAAAAUGUACAGUACAAUCAUACAAUUAUCAUUCCCCACUUAAAGUUAAACCAUUUCACAUCAGGUCAGGGGCAUAGGAAGCAGAUAUUUUAAAAGGGGGGCGGGCAGAAUAGCUUUCAGCCCCCCAAAUAAUAACAAUGCAUCCUGACUCACAGACAGCAUAGAUUCACAAAUCAUAAUGAAAAAAUUAAUGAAAGGGCCUAACAAAAUGUUUCAAAGAGGUAGAGAAGACCAUUUCUGAAGUUUUCAAAAUUUUUCCUAAGCUUCCUAUGCUCCUGCAUCAGGUUUUUUCUAUUAUAUAUGGAACAUUCCAUUUAGUAUCCACCCCACCCUACCUGAACAAUGUAACAACAACUUUGACGUUCCGAACAAAGGAGUUUGACUAAAUCGUCACAGUUCUUGCUAUAUUUUAAAGUAGAAUCACACAUUUCUGGACAUGCCCUUGCCUGUUCAUGCAUCAGUUGAUCUACCACCAUACAACCAAACCUUUUACAUUUUGUAAUUAAAUUAUUACCCUAAUACUGACCUUUGGAAUUAUCUAAUCACCCCAUACAGGGUGAGUGGACAUAAUAGUUGGGGUUUUUUUUGGAUACUAAAUGGAAUAUAACCCUUAGUCCUCAUAUUGUAGUACAAAACUAUACAUAUAUAGCUAUAUAAACCAUUAUUUCAGUAAACAUCCAUAGAUUAGAGAUCCACCACAUGGAAACCAAAAUGAACGCCCACUCACUGUCGUAGAACACGACUGGUAUUUUGAAAAUUGUGAUAAAACCUUGCUGGGAUGGCAAUACGACUCUUCAUAGACUGCCAAGCAAGUUCAUGGUUUUUAUAAAGAUAGUAAAAGACGAACAUCACACUAAGCAUAAAGAAGAGGAAGACGACACGCUGUAAUGUCUUGUGUAGUGGUAAGAUAUAUCGCUUCCAACUCCACGAAUAAUUUCUUCUGUAUUCUUUAUUAUUCAUUGUUCAUAGUACACCAAGAAUAAACUCAAAUGUUCAUACCCCGUUGAGAUGUCUCACACAUUAUAUCCAAUGCAAGAGCGUAGAAUAGGACAAAAAUAUCCCUCCUCAAAUGAGAUUUUGUUUGAUUUCCUUAAACGAUCGCCAAAAUUUAAACUUGAAAUGUCUUGCAUGAAAGCUUUUCGGUUUUUAGAUCAACAUGACUUUCCUGGAUCCACUAUAUGCAGCUUACAUGAAAAGUAUGUUUCCUCGUCCCAGAUCUAUUUCUAAUUUCCGGUUGCUCGGUCAAGAUGGCGGCCGUUUUCCACCGUAAUUUUUUGCGUAUUUUCAAGCCUGUUUCAGUCCAAAUUUUGCGUCAAACAUCAAGACUGUUAUCAGAGAGUGCUACAAAAGUUGCGGCAUUUGAUGAACCGAGAGUACAGGUUUUGUUAAAACGAAUUACAGGUAGAAAUUUAAACAAAGUUCUUGCCAGUAGGCGCGAGAGUGGAGUUGGUUUGCCGUCCUAUGUAGUGAUGACUGAUGAAGAGCUAUCAUUGGUUUGUAUCAUAAAGAAUUGUCCAAUCAUUACUUAGGUUUUCUCUACAGCGGUUUCCCCAUGUAAAUGCCCCCAAAUCACGUCUCAAUAACUUUGAUCAGUGUGACCAGAUGUGGUAAUUUCAUUACUACCGUGGUAAUUUUUCGUCAUUUUUGGACGAUUGUGGUAAUUGGAAAUUUGUGGUAAU